UCCCAAUCCCCACUACUGGCUGCAUCCUACCCUCCCUCCCUCCUCCUCCCUUCCUACCAUCCUCACGGCUGGGCUGCCUGCUGCGAUCUGCUCCUGUCUGACCACUGUCUGCAAUGAAUGACAUCUACAAAGCAGCGGUCGAGCAACUGAACGAGGAACAGAAAAAUGAGUUCCGAGCGGCCUUUGAAGUCUUCGUGCAGGAUGCGGAGGACGGCUGCAUCAGCACCAAGGAGCUGGGCAAGGUGAUGAGGAUGCUGGGACAGAACCCCACACCCGAGGAGCUCCAGGAGAUGAUCGACGAGGUGGAUGAAGACGAGAGUGGGACGGUGGACUUUGAGGAGUUCCUGGUAAUGAUGGUGAGAUGUAUGAAGGAUGACAGCAGAGGGAGGUCCGAGGAGGAACUGGCAGAACUCUUCCGAAUGUUUGAUAAGAAUGCGGAUGGCUACAUUGACCUCGAUGAACUGAAGGUCAUGCUGGAGUCCACAGGAGAAACCAUCACAGAGGACGACAUCGAGGAGCUCAUGAAGGACGGCGACGCAAACCUUGACGGCAGAAUUGACUAUGACGAGUUCCUGGAGUUUAUGAAAGGGGUGGAGUAACCAUGAUGAUCUGCGAUGACACAUUGUGACCAUGACGACCAUAGAAUUCCUCUCACAGUUCAUUUUAGGAGAAUAGAGACCACCCAAAGCAUCCUCGUUUUAUACCAUUCUGGAAAUCCUUCUGACUUUUGACUUCUUAAGGACCGUCAUAGAACUGUGAAUGCAGCUUGUGCCUUACUGGUUAAAAUCCAUAUUACCGUGUGUAUGUAACGAGAGCUAACUUUUUUAUCUGACAGAUCUGUAGAAUGGUAAUGCUCAAUGUACCCUCCAUGCAGACAAAGAAUUAGGCAUGGUCCUUUAAUCUUUCAUCUCGACAAGAUAUCAUCGCUGACCUGAUUAAAAAUGUAAAACCUAAUCUUCAAAGUUUCACAGAAUUCUUGUCAAAAAUGUUCCCCGAAGGCGCAGAAAUCCUUUGCCAUAUGUCUGCUCCAAGUGUUCUCAAAUAAUAAACUUUAUGUGUGACAGAACAAAA